UGAGUUGCUAGCUCAGUUGGAAUUAGAAACAGCCUUGGAAUUACCUCUGCGAUCUCAGAUCAACAGAAGGAUUAAGAAAAGAACAUGACACAAAGAAGACGGGUACACCAUAUUGUUUCCUGGGAUUGCCUAUAGAAUUGCAUACAUCUAACACCUAUAGCUCUUCUCAGCAUGGCCAUUUUACCCUCUCUGGAAAUGUGUCAUUCCCCAAAUCAAACCUAUAAUGAGACCUGCAGAAGCCUAACAGACCUGGAGCCUGUUUUGCAUUAUUCACUUCUUCCAUCAAUUGCCAUAAUAGUUGUGCUAUCUUGUCUUGAAAAGAGAGCCAGGAGAAAUGUAAUCGAUGAAAAAUGCCACCUCCUCAAUAGGAGGUGUGGGGUUGUUGUGCCCUUAGAUUUAAUGGGAGUAUGCAAAAGUCGUUGGGCAAUGGGUUUUGCCUUUGGAGCUACAGCUAACAAAGUCAUGAUACUGUUUACAGAUGGUUAUAUCCCUCUGCGAGUGCUGCCAAAAUGGAUUAAAGCCAUUGCUAUUCUGAUCGGUGCCACAGAGGUGGGUCUUUCCUCCUAUCCAUUCUUUGCUUGCCUUUCAACACCCAUGCAGAUGACGGGGGCCACACUUGGAUUCCUUUACACAGCAGCUUGGUUUGUAAUUACAGCUGUGCACAUUGGACAGUGCCCACACGGAGAAGACAACACUACUUUAUUGGAGACCCAUCAUGCUCAAUACGUCCAACAAUUGUUGAGGAAACCUCCACUGCAGAAGCCUCAGAAACCUUGGAUCCAGCGGAACAUCUAUGAAUGGGAUCCUUACUUUCAGUUUCCCAGCCGAAUGAUCUGCACAGCAGUGCUUGCCAUCAUUUGCCUUUACAUGUUUGUUGUGAUUGAGUAUUAUGUUUACAAGCUUGUUUCAUGUACUCUGGUAAUUCUGAUAUCAGAUUAUGAGAGGCUUCCAGCUGCCAGCAAUGUAUCAGAUAUCGAACCUUUAAAAGAAUUCGUUGAAGUCGUGGAAGGUGUGUGGAUCUUCAGCAUUGGCUCUGCUUCUCUCACAAGUGUCAGCUACGUGUUCCAUAUCCUUGCCUGCUACAGAAAACAUAUCAAGAGAUUACGGGCAGGACAGAAGGAAUUCCUUCCAGCAUUAUUUAGUAAAGUUUCAUCUUCACAAAGCGUGGGAGCAAUUGCAAGAUAUUCUGGUUGGCAAAUUGCCUAUCUAGUUUGGGGUUACUUGGUCAUCCACAUAAUACAGUGCCUCAUCGGAGUGAUGCUCAUUUAUGGUUUGGUGAUGCCCAUAAAGCACGGUCAAGGGAUAGAAAUGGCUAAAAGUUUGGGAACGGGCAU